GAGAUCAAAGUGGUAGUUGAAGAUUUUCCAGGAGGCAGAAUUGUUGAUUCAAAAGCAUGUUCUAGUUCCAGAGUAUCGGGAGGUUAAAAAUGAAGUAAAGAAGACUUUGCUGGAGAGGUGAACUGUGGAAGAAACACAGGGGCAAAUAAGACCGAAAAAGAAAAGUGCGGUCCAAUGAGAAUUUGAGAUUAACUACACCGGUCCAUUCUCAUGACAGACCAUUCCCUUGUGGUCUGAGCCCACAACCCGGAAUGCCUAAUGAAAUGAAAUUUAAGUCAAACGGACCAUUCCCUUGUGGUCUGAGCCCACAACCCGGAAUGCCUAAUGAAAUGAAAUUUAAGGCAAAAGGACGCGCGCAGCGACAUGGUGUUGGUGAUGGCAAUGCUUGGCGAGGUUCCGGUAGAGCUCAGGGCACGCCACCAACGUCGAUUGGAGACGGAGGAUAUGAACCAGUGAGGACGGUGGGCACGUCGUCCACCGCCGAGCCAGCUAUGCAUAUUGGUCGGAGAUGUUGGUUGUUAGCUAGGGUGGAUUUGGGCGAGGAGUGGACUGGGAUGGGUAGAAGAGUUGGAGGAGAAAUGUUUGUCGUUUAUUUGUAGGAAGUCAAGUGCAGCUUUCUUUGGUCACUUUGUAAUGAGGUGGAAGUGGAGGUAAGCACGGCUGCACGGGCCGAGUAGGAUUCUUUGGGAAUCACACCUUGAAAACCAAGGUACGUGUUUGUUGGGGUCUUGUGCAUGUGGAAGGAAAUUAAGGUGUGGAAAUUCUGGCUAGGAAACAAACUUAACAAAGAGUGGAAGGAAAUUAAGGCGUGAAAAUUCGGAGGGACGGUCAAAUUGGAGACAGAUGGUAGGCCGCCAAAGUUGAUGAGCCCAUUAAGAUCACAAAAGCUAACUGUCUCGAAAGUGACUAGUUGGGGCCGGGGCUAAUGACAAAAGGAAAAUGAAAAGUAGCACCCACAUGGGACGUUGACUGACUUAUAGAAGGAAGCAUUAAUGGAGGUAGCUACAAGGAAGCAUCUUUGCAUAUAGAAGAACAUUAGUUUUCCAUCCACUGCAAAUUAAGAAGAUUAAUUUCACCAAUUUGAGAGAGAGAGAGAGUGAGAGAAUCAGAAAUAUGGCUGAAGGUGUUGUUGUUGUUGCGGCUGAAGGGAUCAAGACCCUCGGAGACUUCAUCAUUCAGCAAGCGAAGUUCUUGAGCGGAGUCAGCUAUCAAGUUGAGCUUGCAAAAGUUGAACUACACUUGAUCCGCGGCUUCCUUAGAGAUGCAGAUGCAAGACAAGGAGAAGAAGAGGUAGUCCGCGUUUGGGUUAAACUGAUUAGAGAUGCUGCUUAUGACUUGGAGGAUGUCGUUGAAUCUUUUGCCUUGAAAGUGGCUUCCAGGAGGAGAGGAGGUACUGUGAAGAUUGCUCUCAAAAGGUUUGCCAGCAUCUUUAAUGAAGGAGUUAACCGAUACAAGAUUGGGUCCGAAAUUGGGGAUAUUAUGACCAAACUUUCUCAUCUGAGGUCAAGUUUGCAAAGUUAUAACAUCAGGCAAAUAAGUGGGGGUGAUGGUGUCGGCCGUGUCGCUUCUUCUUUUAAGAGGCAACUAGACCGACGGCUAACUUAUGCUCAUGAAGUUGAAAGUCAUACUGUUGGCUUAGAGGAAAACACAGAUAUACUAGUGAAGGAGUUGGUGAGAGAAGGAAAGCGUCACCGUGUUGUUUCUAUUUGGGGGAUGGGCGGCUCUGGAAAAACCACUCUUGCAAAACAGGUUUUCCUUCAAAAUGAAGUUAAGCGUCAUUUUGAUUGUUUUGCUUGGGUCUGUAUAUCUCAACAAUGGGAAGGAAAGGAUGUAUUGGAAGAUAUUAUAAUUAAACUCACUUCCCCAACAGCAGAUAAAAGGAGAGAAAUUUCCAAAAUGAAAAAGGAUGAAAUAGCAAGGGAGGUCUUUAGUAUCCAACGAGAAAAGAGAUGUCUGGUGGUCCUUGAUGACAUAUGGACUCAAGAGGCUUGGCAUUCGAUAAAAGCUGGAUUCCCAAUCAAUGAGGAAACAGAGAGCCGGAUAUUACUCACUACUCGCAAGAAAGAAGUUGCCUUGCUUGCUUCCAAAAAUGAUCAUCUCCACCAACCUCGACCACUAGAUGACAACCAGAGCUGGGAACUGUUUGAAAAGAUAGCGAUGUGUGGAAGCGACAAAACAGACUUGGAAAUUUAUGCAAAGAAGAGAGAAUUAGGAAAGAAGAUGCUUGUACAUUGUUCAGGUUUACCAUUAGCCAUCAAUGUGCUCGCUGGUCUUCUUAGUAGACGAGAGACGAUUGAUGAGUGGGAUGCAGUACUUCUUAAUGUUGAUGUAUACAUAAUGAGAGGCAUAAAUGUCCUUGAAAGAGAAAAGACAGGUCAGGAGUGUGGUGUUUCAGGUGUCUUGGCAUUGAGUUAUGAUGACUUACCAUCUCACUUAAAACUAUGCUUUUUGUAUUUAGCCCAAUUUCCUGAGGAUGAUGAGAUACGGGUAAAAAGACUUACUCAAUUAUGGAUUGCAGAAGGAUUUAUAACUUCAACGUCAGAAAUGCAUGUUUCAGGGGAAAUUUUGGAAGAAUUGUCAUAUAGUUGCCUAGUUGAAUUGGUGGAAAGAUCUAUGGUUCAAGUUGUAGAAUAUGGUUUAAGUGGGAAGGUGAAAACUUGCGGUCUCCAUGAUUUUAUGCGAGACUUGUGCUUGCAAAAGGCAGAAGAGGAGAAUUUUCUCCGAAUUAUUAACUUUUCUACGGGACUGGUAUCUAAGACACCACUAAUUGGCAAGGUUCGAAGACUUGCCCUCCAUUUGGACGAAAAUGUUAAAUAUGAUUUCAGUAUAGAUGGAAGAGAUGAGCAUAUUAGGUCUCUAUUAUACUUUACCCCAAAAGGGUUUGACCAAAAGUGGAACAAAAAAGUAAUGCGAUCAGUAUUCAAUGACUUCAAAUUGCUUAGAGUUCUGAAGUUUGAAAAAAUAGAGAGAGAAUUUCAGUUACCGAAAACGAUUGGGAAUCUAGUCCACUUGAGGUUUCUGAGUCUGAAGCAUAGUGCAUAUAGUGGGUUGCCAUCAUCUGUUUCUAAUCUGGUACUUUUGCAAACUCUAGAUCUGCGGUAUAAUUAUUAUUUAUAUGAAGGAUCUUGUUUUGGUCGGGAGAGGGCAACCCGAAUCAGAAAUGUGUUUUGGAAUAUGGAGCAACUGAGGCAUUUAUAUUUACCUUGGCGUCACUAUAUAAGUGAACAGAAACUCUCAUUUGCAAGGCUGUGCAAUUUGCAGACGUUGGGUGAUCUUCCAAUUGAGAAAUGUGAGUUAAAUGAUCUUGUUCAGUUAAGCAAUCUGAAGAAAAUAUCCAUAAUCGUAUCACAACCUAGUCAUUUGGAAAAGUUCAAGAACAUGUUGAUAUCAAGAAGUAUAACAUAUGAGCAUCUUCGAUCGCUAUCUUUGAAGCUAAACCGAGAUGAUAAUGAGGAUAUAGCAAGAGAUAUAGUGUUAAGGUGUCCUUAUUUAUACAAACUGCGACUGCUUGGGAAAAUGAAGGAGUUUCCAGAAGAGCUCCUGGGCUAUCCAAAACUCACCAAGAUAACGCUGGUUAGUACAGAACUGAGAUGUGACCAGAUAGAUAUAGUGAAGAUGCUGCCCAAGUUAAGGGUGCUUUACCUGGGUCGUGAUGCUUUCAAAUCAAAAACAAUGGUUUUCUCCCCAGGAGGCUUUCCUCAUUUGGAAUUUCUUACACUAAGUGCUUUGUUUAUGUUGAACGAGUGGAGGGUGGAGAAAGAAGCCAUGCCUAGUCUUCAGAGAUUGCAUAUUGAAUGGUGCUUACAAUUGUGGGAAGUACCAGAUGGGCUUCAGCAUAUUACUACCCUCAAGGAAUUAACAAUCAAUGUGAUGACCAGUAGAUUCUGCAGUAGGGUUGGGGAAGAAGGAGAGGAUUUCUACAAAAUUAAACAUGUGCCUUCUAUUAUAAUCACAAAUAUUCAACCGGACUACAAGAAAGACAAGGAGCCAGAAAUGGAGGAAGCAGCAGGUGCGUCUCGAGUAGUUGCUAAUGACUAUGAGGAAUCAACUGUGGAUGCUCCUCUGCCUCCUGAAGAAAAAACAGAGGAAAUACAAGCUGCAUCCACUCCUUAAUUAGUUAAAUCCACAAGUUCGACUUUAUAUAUGGCUUGCAGCUAUUACAACAGAUGUGAAUUGUAAAUAUAUUUGUAGCGCUGUUUGCAGUGCUAGAUGUCCUAGCUUUGUAUAUAUUUGUAAAUUGUAAUCCGUCCAACAACCUACUUUCUUCGCAGAUUGAUCACCCUUUCAUUUU